AUGGAUAUUUUGGAUUCCUUUUUCAAAAUUUACAAUGGGAUAUUUGCUUAUCGUGUUCGAUUUCAUGAAGCAUAUCUGGAACGGUUUACUGUUUUUCGUCAGUCAUUUAUUCUUUUCCUCGAAGAAAUCUCGGACUUUAAGUAUGUUGAAGAACACUACAAAAUUGUGAGAUAUCAUAACCAGCCAAUGACAUUCUUAAUAUUAAUACCCAAUUUGACAUUUGCUGCUUUAAAAUCAUCGUGGAUUUAUCAAUUUUAUGAGAGGAUUAAUGCAUUUUCUGCAGGUGUGUUUCAUCAUUCAUUUUUCAUCACAAAUGAAAUUGACACUGUAACUUUGUCGACUGUUGAAUGGUUUACUCCUUCUGGAUGCAAUACGCCCUUCUUAACAAAGCUGAAUACUUUCAAAAAAGAUCUAAUGACUUGGCAUUCAGAGCUUAAAAGUUAUGAAAAGUUUAUUGAAUAUUUUGGAUGUGAAUUGGUAUUAGGAUUACCGAUAGUCGAGCAGGCUGUUCUUCAUCACGUAUCUGGAUUUUCCUUAAUAAAUGAAAAACUUCAUAAAGUAGAGACUCAUGGCAUCAUUCCUGUUGUAUUUAAUAUUGCAGCAAAUCUUCAUAAUUUUACAGAUGCAUAUCAGCCAAUAAUUAUGCAUGAUUACAAUAUGGAAGAAUUCGGAGACAGUUAUUUCGAUUUAGUAUCAAUUGAGAAUGAAACUGCUAAAACACCGUCCGUUUAUUUCCAAAUUGAACCUUUAAAUAGUUUGAAAUAUCACAAAGACAUAUCGCAUACAGUUACUGACUUGAAAAUUUAUAUGCUUGUAACUCCUGGAGAAAAAUACACGCAGUAUCAGAAGUUUAUCCUUCCAUUUGAUCAACAAACAUGGAUUUUCGUCGGCAUAACAUUUUCAGUAACAUUUCUCACAAUAUUUGUUGUCAACUGCUUAUCAAAACCAACACAAAAUAUCGUUUAUGGACACAAAAUUGAAAAUCCAUUUUGGAAUGUAAUCAGCAUAUUUUUUGGGAUUGCUCAAACACGCCUGCCAGACAGAAACUUCUCAAGUAAAUUCUUCGAAUUCAUGACAACUGAACCGAGAUUUCUACCACCAAAAACAAUACAAGAUGUCGUUGAAAGGAAAUAUCAAGUGUAUGCAUUAGAUGUCCAUUUGUACUAUUCUAGAGAAAUUAAUCGUCUGGAAAAGUGGCCAAAUGUGCUGCCUAUUUCGACAAAAAAGUUCUACGAAAUAUUCCUGACUCAAUCACAAAAUGCAUCAAGCAAAACCGCUUUAUGUGUAGAUGAUUUUCUUCUAAACUUUGUUGCAAAUUUUACAAAAUCAAAUCAUGACUGGAUUCAACUUAAACAGUCCAUACUGUACACUACACAUGAAGCUUUUGUCUUUCUGGGUCCUUCGUUUUACUAUCGAAUGUUUAAAAAAUUAAUUGACAGUUUAAUAUCAACUGGAGUUAUGAAAUAUUUGAUAGAAAAUUUCUACACAAAGGAUCGGAUAUUUAAGAGAAGUAAAGGAGGACCGAAAAUUCUGACCAUACCUGAUCUUAUGUUUGGUUUUAACAUUUGGAUUGGAUUUUGUUUUAUUUCAUUCUCUUUAUUUUUGGGAGAACAGCUUGCAAGAUAUGUAGAGAAAAGGACAAAGCCAGUAAAAAUUGUGCAACAUCGUAUUGUGGUCGUGAAACGACUUCAUUCAACCAUUGUUAAAAAUGUUAUAGACAAUCAAGAAAAUGAAAUAAUUUCAACUCCGAAUUUAAGGACAGAAAACAUGCAAAAUUUAACUUGUAAAUCUCCUGAAAAAGUCAAAGCCUUUAAGGAAAGUUUGGACAAAGAAAGUAAUCAAGAUUCUAAUGAGAUUUUCAAUUUUGAAAGUCAAAAUGAUAAUUUAGAUGAAAUGUUGUUACAAGAUAUAGAAACCUAUUAA